GGAUAAAAGCGAGGCCGGCCCGCGCGCGGCUAGUGCCAGGGCAGGGGCGGUGCGGCGAGCGGCUGCAUGGCGCGGGGCGGAGCCCGGCGGACAGCGGCCCUGGGCCUGGUGCUGCGGCUGCUGCUCGGCUUCGGACUGGGCCUGGAGGCCGCCCCGACCCCAGUCCCGAUCCCGUUCUUGGCCCACAGCCCAGGCUCGUGCCCGCCCACCAAUUUCCAGUGCCGCACCAGUGGCUUCUGCGUGCCCCUCCCUCUGCGUUGCGACGGCGACAAGGACUGUCCGGAUGGCAGCGAUGAGGAGGAGUGUGGCAUCAAGCCUUGCGCCCGGGACGGACAGUGCCUGCCGCCCACCGGCAGCCCCUGCCCCUGUGACAGCAUCGAUGACUGCCCAGAUGGCCUCGACCACACCGUUCACAACUGCAGUCGCCAGCCCUGCCCGGCCGAGCUUCGCUGCCUGUGGGGCGGUGCCUGCAUCCCCCGCACCUGGCUCUGCGACGGCCAUCCCGACUGCCCUGCCUCCAGCGACGAGCUUGGCUGUGGAACCGAGAUGCCCCAGGAAGGGAAUGCCACGGCCAUGGGGACCCCUGUGGCCCCGGGCACUGUCACCGAUCUUGGGAAUGCCACCACCACCUCGUUUGGGGACCAGGACUCAGUCCAGUCUGGAAACCGAAGUGCUUGUGGGGUUAUUGCCGCAGCCGUGGUGCUGAGCGCAGGUCUGGCUGCCAUCUCCCUGUUCGUGUUGUCCCGGCUCUGGGCCCGGGGGCGCCUGAACCAGCUGGGGCUGCUGAUGGUCGUGAAGGAGUCCCUGCUGCUGUCGGAGAGGAAGAGCUCGCUGCUCUGAGGACGAGCUGCUGCCACCACGUCUCCCGGGCCCUGGGCACGGCCACUGCGGCCACAUCAGCCCUCGGACGUGGCUUCUUCUGGCCAUGCAGCACCGUGGACCUGAGCUCCUGCAGAUGUGGCCCUGGAGGUCACGGGCACCUGGACCCUCGC